GUUUUCCAUAGUAACAGAGACAAAACACACUGGGAUGAGUGAAGCAGCGAAGAGGACAGGCGAGCUUCUGUCCCACAUAGAAGGUAGAUAUCUGCUCAUAUGAGGGAGAAGAGAUCUGGGAACAUGAAGACUCAUUGGGAAGGGAAGUUAUUCUGAAACAGCCUGCGGCUUCCAGGGGGAAAAAGAGGGAAACAGAGUAAGACAAGAAAGUGUCUGAGAGCAGAGACAGAGGACGCAUUCUGACUCAAGAGGGAGGAGGCAGAAACUGAGACAACUUCACCACCACUGCAUCAGGACAGAGGAAAAAGGCAGCACACCACACGCGAGCGCUCACCCUGCCCGCUGGACCCCAAAGGCAGCACCAUGAAUCCCGAAGCCCAGUACGACGACACGGUGUCCACCAUGCUGCUGGAGAACAUCAAGAACAAGCUGAUCCAUGCCUUCAGGGCUAACGGAGAGCCUCUGCCCGCCGGUGGGUCAGGUGUCGACACAGUCAGCAUCUUUAAGAAGAACUUCCAAGCCAAUGAAGAGCUAAGAAGAGCCAAAAUCGAUGGAGCAAUAAGCUGGCUGAGAUCAGAGCUGCUGGAGAUGCGAUCGCAGGACCAGCAGCUGGCCAGGACACUGCUGGGCCUCAACAGCGAGAUCCAGAGGCUGCGGAGGGAGGGCGUGCCCCCAGCACUGCAGCCAGAGGGCAGAGAGGGCAGAGAGCACAUAUAACCUCCAGCGAUGAGAGGGAGAAGCCAAGGAGACCAGCCCCUGGAAGCAACGCAGCUGUUCCUGUGUCGACCCCUCGUCGUGACGCAACGCGGAGCAGAUUACCGCUGUGCUGCUGACGGGGGUACAGCAUGACUCGCUGCAGGUCUACGGUCUCGCUGCAGAUGUUGCUCUUUUUUCCAGCUGUCCUGUGAUUUGUCCCUGGGUAAUAACCCUGAGGUUUGCUGCCAGCGAUGGGCCCAAACGUACCGAAAAGGAGAUGUGUAAAGCUGCGGCACAUCUAAGAGCCUUUUUAGGACCUUCCUUAGAAAAUGUGUGGUGUGUGUGCGUCCUGUGCUCUGCUGCAGUGACCAACCACAAUAUACACUGUAGAACAACGCGCAGAUUCCCGUACAUAUUUCUGUUCCAUGUCGUGUUAGAAAUGCCAAGAACGCGGUUCUGUAAAUCCUAAACCUGUGAGGUGCUUGUAGGAUACAGAUGUAUUUUUAUAUCUGAAUAAUGCUUUGAGAAUUGUAACAAAGUAUUACACACCAUGCCUUAUUGUGUUGUAUAAAAAAGACUGAACCAUUGA